GGAGGAGGGACCUUAUUAUUGUACGAUGGCCGCCACGGACGCCCAAGUGAAGCACGAAGCUGCUGCCGACGAGGAGCACAGCCUCCAGACGGGCUGGUGCUUGUGGUAUGACCGCAAGCUGCCCAAGCGCACCGACCUCGACACCUACCAGUCGAACUUGCAGAAGAUCGCUGCCUUUGGCACGGUCGAAGACUUUUGGCGCCACUAUGUGCACGUGAAGCGCCCGUCGCAGCUCAACAAGGACACGAACCUGUACUUGUUCCGCGAUGCGCCCAACUGCGCGCCGAUGUGGGAAGCCUUCCCGAACGGCGGCUGCUGGAUCCUCAAGAUCAAGAAGAAGGCCAACGUCCUCGGUAAGAUGUGGCAGGACCUCUGCUUCGCCGCGGUCGGCGAGGCGUUCGAGACGCUCAAUGUCGUUGGCAUUGCCAUGGCGAUCCGCUCCAAGGAAGACAUGAUCUCGGUCUGGAACGCCGACAACACGGACGACAGCGCUCGGUUCGCGAUCGGCGAGAAGCUCAAGGAGCUCCUCAUGCUCGACUCCAACACGCUCAUCGAGUACAAGUUCCACUCCAACUCGAUCCGCGACAUGUCGACGUUCCGCAACGCCAAGCCGUACGUCUUCUCUGCGUCGAGCUAAGCGCACCGCGCAACGACAACGGACGACGGGUGUGUUUUUUGUGCGACUGAAGUGUCAAUGCACGCGCAGUAGUAAUAAAGAAGAUGCCUGC